CUGCCUCUUUCGAGCGCCCUAUCGGCCAAAAUGGCGGCGGCCGUUGGCGCUGAGUCCCGCUUGUAGUUCCCUUGCCUUACUACUCCCCUUGCAAAAUGUGAAAGGAGAAGGGGCUGGCGGAGGGGGUGUGUAGGCAAUGAGUCGGCGAAGGAAACAUGGGGACAGCCCUGGCCUGAAGAACACGCCGCGGAAAGCGGCGGCGGCUGAGGAAUGCAGCUCGAUGGUCGAGCCAGGGAAGAGGCGGCUGAGGUCGGCCCGCGGCUCAGAGCCCCGCAGGGCCGGAGAGACGUCUCCCCGGCCCGUGCCGCAACAAGAGCAGCCUCCAGCAGCCGCUUCGUGCAGUAAAAGUAACCCCGAGGAAAGAUAUGAAACACCAAAGAGAGUGCUGAAAAUGGAUUUAUUGUCAUCUACCUUCAGUUCUCCUAAUGAUCCAGAUGGACAAAAUGAUAUCUUUUGGGAUCAAAAUUCUCCAAUGACAAAACAGUUAGGUAAAGGAAGAAAAAAACAGAUUUACACCACAGAUAGUGAUGAAAUCUCACAUAUUGUUAAUCGUAUUGCUCCUCAGGAUGAAAAACCAACAACAAACUCCAUGCUUGGCAUGUGGAUUGGUGCAACUGCUAUUCCUUGUACUCCUAGUGUAGCAAAAGGAAAAUCAAGAGCAAAAAUCAGCUGCACAAAGUUAAAAACACAAAAUCGAGAGGAAGAACUUAUGAAAUUGGCUAAGCAAUUUGAUAAAAAUAUGGAAGAGUUAGAUGUGAUUCAAGAGCAAAACAAAAGAAAUCAUGAUUUUAUCCAGACAGUUGCAGAAGCAGAGACUUUAAGUAAUUAUAAAGAUAAUGUACAAAUGCAGUUAUUACAUGAUAUAGGUCCUGAAAUAGAUAAUUCUAUAAUAAAGAAGCCGAUGAAAGAAAACACCAAAAUGUCGGUGGUAAAUGAUCAAAAUAGCAGUCAGAAGCCAUUUGACCAAAAUGCUGAAGCAGCCUUUAAUGCCAUUUUUGAUGGCUCUACUCAGAAAUGUAGCGGACAGUUCAGCCAAGAUUUGUCAGAUGCUUUUUUGAACACAAGUAAUACCACCUUUGAAAAGAAAAGCGCUUUAAAAGAGGAGAAAAUCAUUAUGAAUGAAAUUCUGGUCCCUGAAAAACUGCCAGAUAAAACCCCAGGAUCACUUUUUUGUCAAGUAGACACUCCUGGAAUGACAAAAUCAUGUGUGACUUCUUAUACUGAGAAGCCAGAAGCGUUUCAUAAACACCUUGAUGCAUUUACUACCAGUGAUUUUGAGGAUGAUUGGGAAAACUUACUAAGUAAUGAACCUUUUGUUAUGCAAAAUGUCAAAAUGUGUGAACUUUUCCCUGCUCCUAGAACAGCCCAGAUUGCUGAUCAAAAGCAAAAUUAUAAUUUUAACAAUAAAAAUGAUAAAAAUAAGUCAAGAAUGAAUACAAGUCUAGAUACCAGGGUAAGGGAUUCAAAAAUUUUACAGGAUCUCCCUUCAAAGACAUAUAACAAGGAAUUAAUAGAUUCUGGAAAAUACGGGUUUUCACUAAACCCAAAUGAUAAACCAAGCAAAUUACCAUCCACUGGAAAUAAAAUGAAAUUUGAGAAAUCUUUCAAUAAAACUGUUGUUCAAGACAAAAUUCAAGACUGUACAGUUGCGUCUAAUCUGACAAAAGUAAAAGAAGAUAUGCACACUAAAUUUACUUCUAAUGUAAAUAUUUCUGAAAAGUCAACUUUGAACACAGGAUAUUCUAAUGAACAAAAAAAUAAGUCCAUUUAUAAUCAGUCUUUUAAAGCACCUGCUAAUAUAGAUCAUUUUGGCUCUGCAACUUUGGGCAAUGAAACCAGUGUUUAUAAUCCAAAUCAGACUAAUACAUCAAAGUUAGGUUCUUUCUUUGAUGACUGGAAUGAUCCAUCAUUUGCCAAUGAAGUUGUUAAAGCAUGUCAUCAAUUAGAGAAUACCUGGGAAGCAGAUGAUGUAGAUGAUGAUUUAUUAUACCAAGCAUGUGAUGAUAUUGAAAGACUAACUCAGCAACAAGACAUUAGAAAGGACAGCAAGAUAUCAGAAAGUAAACUUGAGAUCAAUAAUAGUUCCAAACAUGGAGCCGAAAACAUGUUUACUACAUCUAAAGAAAGUCAACUGGUGCAGUCAAAGCAUUUGAAUCUGAGCAGCAUUUCAGGGCAUACAUCUUUCACAAAUAGCUCACAAUUAAAUAAACCAGUGAAGACGGAAAAAAGAGAAAUUUGUGGAAAUUCUCCAAGCUUUUUAGGUGCUACAACUAAUUUAACAAUAUACUCUAAGAACUCAAAUUGUCAGAUCAAUAAUCUACGUUAUUCCUGGAAUAACACUGAUGUUCCAAUACAAGUGAAUAGUACUGAAUCGGUUCUUAUAGGAAAUUCAAGUUUGAAUGUGAGUUCAGAUCAUAGGAAUACAGAAACUGCUACUUACAAGAAGAAAUUAAGUACUCAGCAUCUAUCCCAUAGGAGCACAACAGAUGGAGCUAAGAGUGACCCUAACAGACCAGUUAGAUUUCCUAAGUAUACGUUUACAAAGAUGAAAAAUUCUCAGAUUCUUUCCCAGUUCAAUCAAAAUUGUAUACCAGCAAGUAUUUCUGAUACCAAAAUUACACAGGGUUUGGAGAAAAAUAAAACUGUCAGCCCAUUUUGUGGGAAGACUGUUCAACAGCAGUCUUUGGUGAAACGUUCUGAAUCUAUGGAACAGCCUUCAAAAGCCAAGAUGGAAUAAUGAGGACUGCAUGUACACUUCUUGCUGAAAGAACCAAAUAAACUACAUGGAAAAGUGGAUUUCAAGACAACCUGAGAAUGAGGAAACAAACAAAUAGAGCCCUACCAUUUUCCCAGCUUACUGCCUUGAGGGAGUUUCCAGACCAUGAUGCAAGGAAGAAUUGAGGAACAGCCCAGUAGACAUCAUGAGUGAGAAAUGGAGCUGAGACACUAGGGAGACUAAGGUAGCUAGAGUUCACAGGACAGAGUACCUGUGAGAAGAGAAAACUGAACUCCAGAGAUCUGCAGAUGAUCCCCUUUGAUAAUUAAAUUCAGUACUGAUUAGCACAUAUAUGUGAGGAAAUGGAAGCUGGAGAAAGACAUGAUGGGAUUAAGAGGGAGCAAACAUUGUCCGGUGCUCACAAGCAUCUAGUAAUAAUGCCAGUUCUUACCAACCAAGGUCACUGGGUAGUUACUUGCCUGAGUAGUAGGGAAUGAUUUGCCCUAGGUUGCACUGCUCUGGGCCCACCCAACAAAUCAUAAAAGCAAGGUCAAAAGGGAUCAAACCAUUCCCACAGAACAACUGCAUGCUAGAACAAAGUGUAAAAAUACUUCUAGAAAAACAAAAAUACCCAGCACCUAUGAGAUAAAAUUAACAAUGACUGCCCUCUAAUUAAAGAUAACUAGGCACGCAAAUAAGCAAAAACAACCUAUAAGAAGAAUCAAUUGAAACAAACCUGUAUCUGAUAUAGAUGUUAAAACUUAACAGGAUAUUAAAAUAGCUACAGUUAUUAAAUGUGUUCAAAAAAGUUAAGUAGAAACAUGGAGGAUAUUAAAAAGACUAAACUCAAACUUUUACAGAUGAAAGCUAAAAUGUCUGAGGUGAAAAUACACCAUAUAGGAUUAAUGGCAAUUUACACACUGUAGAAGAUUAGUAAUUAGUGAACUUGACAUAUCAAUAGGAAUUAUUCAAAAUGAAAAAAAUUUAAGGAAAAGAACAGUGAGUUGAAUAAUUUCAAGUAGCCUAAUGUAUGGUUAGAGUCUCUGAAGGAGGAAGUGGGGGGAGAGUAUACAGGAUAUUUGAAAUAAUGACCUAACAAUUUUCAGACCUUAUGGAAACUAUUAACCCGCAAAUCCAAGAUAUUCAAUGAACUCCAAGCACAAGAGAUAUUAAGAAAACUAUGAAGCCACAUCAUAGCCAGUAUAAAAUCAUGAAAGCAAUAAAAAAGAACAAAGGGACAAAGAUGAAUAUAACAUCAGAAUUUUCAUCAGAAACAAUCUGAGAAGACAAUGGAGAAACAUCUUUAAAGCACUGAAAGGAAAAACCUGUCUAUCUAGAAUUCUAUACCCAGCAAAAUAUCUUUCAAAGUCAAACAUGAGAUAAAGCUGCUUUCAGACAUAUAAAAUCUGAAAGAAUUCAUCACUGGCACUACAAGAAAUACUAAAGGAUGUCUUUCAAGCAGAAAAUGAUAAAUGAAAAUGUGGGUUUACAUGAGGGAAUGAUGAACACUGGAAAUGAUAACAUGGGUUAAUAUAUGAGUUUUAAAAAUUAUUUAAAUCCUUUAAAAGAAUUGACUACUCAUAUAAACAUAACAAUGUUGUGGGGUUUAUAACAUAAAAGUUAAACAUGACAAAAGCAUAAAGGCCAGUAGGAAAAAAAAUAUGAAAGUAGAUAGUCCUAGUCUUGCACAUUUUGGCAUGCAUGGGUUUCAGUUACGUAACACCAGUUUCCUAACAACGUAGUUCAAAUUUCUGUUAACACAGUAUAUUAAACUGUGAAUACUUGCAUAAAGUACAAACUUUAUAGCUAUCUCAGUCCACAAAUCACUACAUAAAUAACAUGUGGAUUAUGAUGCAUGAUCAAUCAUGUCAUUUGUGACAACCGCCCAGUUGACAUUAUUCCCAGUUCAGAGCUAAGGAGAUAGGGGUUCAGUUUUUCUAUCCUGAGCUAUACCCUGUUUUAAGACCAGUUCAGGCUGACUCCAUAUCUCAGGAUCUUUCCACAGUAAACCAUUAUUCUCAUGGAACCCAACAUGGGGCUUGAACUCAAAACCCUGAGAUUGAGAACUAAGCCAAGACCAAGAGUUGGGUUCUUAACUGACUGAGCCACCCAGGCACCUCCCCAUUAUUUGUAAAUUCAUCCAUUCUUUUGCUGUGAUUGGUUUAUGGUGUUUUAUAUAGGGCUUCUUGUUUUUGUUUUGUUUUAAUACAAUUGGAAUUACAUUAAAUAAAUGAAAAUUUUAAAUGUUUAAUAGAAAAUAUUUCCUUCUUUGGUAUGAAGGAUUUAGUAGUAUAUUCUAAAUGCAAAUAUAGAAAACAUUGUUUAAAUGCUGAAGAGCUCCUGUUCCACUUAUUUAUUUUUUUUUUUAAGAUUUUAUUUAUUUAUUUGAGAGAGAGGGAGCACAAGCAGGGGGAGUGGCAGAGGGAGAAGCAGGUUCCCUGCUGAGCAGGGAGCCUGAGGCAGGGCUUGAUUCCAGGACCCUAGGAUCAUGACCUGAGCUGAAGGCAGACGCUUAACCAACUGAGCCACCCAGGCACCCCUCUUAUUCCAUUUAUAACUUCUAGUCUGGGAGUACUCUCUGGAAGGCAGAGUGAAACAUAUGGAUAAAACUCCUUGACACUAUUUAGUAACCUCAGAUUUCUUUGUGGUUUAGUGCUGUUUCAGCUGUGCAUUCUCCCAAAGUCAUUAUCUCUACAUCCCAGUACACAGAAAGGAAAAUUUAAGCCAUAGGGACAAUCAUGCUUUAAACUCUUGGGAAUUAAAACCCCACAUCUCUAAAUUAUAAUUAUUGCCAAAGCUAUUGAAAUAGCAUUUCCAGAACUUGGUAAUGGUGUACUUAGAAAGAGAACCACAGUUCUGGGCUCUAGACAUUUUCAGCACUUGUGGAUAUGGCUUUUCCUAAUGAACUUUUCGAGUAAGUCAUCAAGCUGUUAAUCCUCUGCUUUAGAUUUCAAUUGACAAUAUCUUUCUUUCUUUUUUUUUUUUAAAGAUUUUAUUUAUUCAUUUGACAGAGAUAGACACAGUGAGAGAGGGAACACAAGCAGGGGGAGUGGGAGAGGGAGAAGCAGGCCUCCCGCAGAGCGAGGAGCCCGAUGCGGGGUUCGAUCCCAGGACUCUGAGAUCAUGACCUGAGCCGAAGGCAGAUGCUUAACGACUGAGCCACCCAGGCGCCCCGACAAUAUCUUUCUAUAGUCUGUGGUAGUACACUUACAGACUCAAAGAUUUAUGUUAAUAAAUUACACCUUUUACUUGGUUCUACCAAUACACUUUUUGUGAUGUUGAAAGUGUUAUUAGUGGUUCAAAAAAACCCACAAACCAUAUUUUUGCGGGGUAGGGAGUUGAAGAAGUAUAGCUUACUUUCAUUUAUAACAAAAUGUUUGUAGAGAAAAAAAAGUACCACGUAGAGGUACUCAACUAGUUAUUUGAAUACUUUGAAUACAAGUAUCUUUGAAACAAAAAUAAACAUAAAAUAUUAACUGAUUUUUUUAAUGUCUCAAGAUUUAUUUUUUGUGAAUUGUCACCUUUACAUGAAACAAUAUCUAAUUUGUUAUUGUUUCUGUUUCCAUUACAGAGUUACUCUGUUUUCUUAGGCAUACCCUUAGUAUGUUCCUGCCUCAAAAUUCUAAUAUGCAAAAAGGAAUUGUGUUUAUUAUUCACUUAGUUAGUACUUUCAUUUGUACCUCACAUUUCAGGGUCAUUUUAAAAAACAACUAAUUGCUAACACUUAUUGAGCACUGACAUAAGAAUUUGAUAUGCAUUAUUUCAUUUAAUUCAAUACUCCUAUGAAGAGGAUAUUGCUUCAUUUUGUAGAUAAGGAAAUACAUAAACAUAAGGAAACAUAAAGUGUUUAAACUUGUUCAAGAUCACAUAGCUAAUAAGUGGGAGAGCCAGAAUUCAAACCAGCCUGGCACAGUGUUCACAUCUUAAUCAUUACUCUAUUGUUUAGCAUAAAAAAUGUGAAAUCCACAUUGUAUAGAUGAGGAAAUUGAAACUCAAAUGAGGUUAAAGGACUCAGUCAAGGCCAUAUUCAUGGCUAGAGCCAGUACAUAGUACAUAAUAGAUGACUAUCAUUUAUAGGAAUUGCGUGGGUUAUUCUUUAGUUAAGAUCCUUUUUGUUAAAAUAAUCACUUCCUAAUUUAACUUUUGUGUAAAUGUAUAUUCACACACACACACAAAACUGAUUACAGAUAUAUGCUUUGUGUUAGAAAUAUUAGAAAUAACCACAUAACUUAUUGCCAUGAUUUGAGGUAGCAUAACAUAUGUAUAUGUAGCAUAACCUAUAAGCUUUAUAUAACC